UUGUGAAAAGCCUCAUCAGUGGUUCUAACGUCCUGGCUCAGCUGUGUCUCAUUACAUUAGUUCUUCACACUAGUUAUACUCUCUGACUUCUUCUUCAUCUCGUCUUGGAUUGUUUUUUACACAGAUGUGCCUUACCUUCACUAAAGACUCACAGGAGAACCAGGAUAACCUUGGUCACCUCUGGGUCCUGGAGGUCCUGGAUCACCCUGGAGAAAAUAACCAAAAGGAACCCCUGGUAAACCAGGUAACCCCACGGCUCCUUUUUCUCCAAACUGAUUGGUGGAGAUGAUGUCACCUGGGUCGCCCUGUGGACCAAUGAAGAAAAGACCAAUGAAUUUUCCAGACUGUCCUGGAAUUCCUCCUGCUCCUGGAAAACCACGUUCACCCUGGGCACAGAACGCAAGGGAAAUAAAUUAGGUUCCCAUGACAAAAUCCAUCCAUCCAACUGACCGACCGACCAUCCAUCCAUCCAACCAACCAACCAUCCAUCCAACCGACCAUCCAUCCAUCCAUCCAUCUAUCUAUGUAUCCAUGUAUCUGUGGUCCAGCCGGCCGACCAUUGUUCACCAAAGCAGGAGCAGUAGAAAGGAGGAGUGGCUGGUGGAGAAGGUGAGAGAAGGUAUAUGAUGGAGGACUUCAUACUCAAUGAACAUGGAGUCAACAGGGACUUUGUGCAGUGAGUCAACCAAAGAGCCGCUCGUGUUCGACUGAGGUGAGGAAUCCUUCCUCAAAGUUGGACUGGAACAGAUUUCCUCCCGACUGACUUUCUGCUCAGACCUGUCAACGUGCGUGUGCGCUUGCGGGGCACGCGCACGCCCAGGCUCCUCCUCCUGCUCAGCCCCGCUGCUGCUGCUGCAGGAGAACAGUCUGAAGCUGCACAGGCUGGAGGCACAGCGGCAGCAGCCACCUUUCAGCGCUGCGCAGACUUUUGAUCACCCACAGCUUGAGGUCCGGGUCGGCUUUUGGAGCCGUCGAUGAGCGCGUUUGAGGAGACCUGCAGCUGAAGAAGAAGAGUCGGAGGUUCGACCUGUGCGUCAGCGCGUCAAACUCUGACGCGGAAAAAUGAGAGUCCUUGUGUGUGCGGUGGCUGUGGCGGUUCUGCUGCUCGGACCUGUUCACGCAGGCACAGAUUUGAAUGAGCCGUGCGCUGGUGAGGACUGCAGUCGAGGAUGUAAGUGCCGCCCAGAGAAGGGCAGCAGGGGCCGUCCUGGACUUCUGGGUGAAGUUGGUCCAAGUGGAGCUGAGGGGCCCCGUGGCAGCACAGGCCCUCAUGGACCUAAAGGAGAGAAGGGACACGUUGGACUGAAGGGACCAUCUGGUCCCAAAGGAGACAAAGGACCGAUGGGAGUUCCUGGGUUCCAAGGAACCGACGGAGUGCCAGGUCAUCCAGGUCAGCCUGGAGGUCGAGGUCCAGCUGGACUGGACGGCUGUAAUGGUACCAGAGGAGAACCUGGAGAUCCAGGAUUUGGUAUUGGACCACCGGGGUUCCCUGGAGCAGCUGGGCCGAUUGGGCCAAAGGGCCAGAAGGGGGAGCCACGAUACAUUUCUGGCAGCAACAUCAUAGGUUAUCCUGGUGUUCCAGGAACGGACGGGUACCCCGGUAUCAGAGGUCCAGACGGUCCUAUUGGUCAGCCUGGUCCAAGAGGACCUGAGGGAUACCCUGGUCCAUCUGGUCCUCCCGGCCCCCCAGGACCAAUGGGGAGUUCCAGUGACGGAUAUCUGGGAGAGAAAGGAGACAAGGGCGAUGUUGGACUUCCUGGACCAAGUGGAACCCCCGGGGACGGGUCACUGACAAGUGAACAAACACUGACUAUCUACAAAGGAGACAAGGGGGAACCUGGUCCCAAAGGAGUCCGAGGACUAGCGGGGAAUCCAGGAGCACCUGGACCUUUUGGAUAUCGUGGUGAAUAUGGGGAGAAGGGGAUUCCUGGAUAUCCUGGUGCCAGAGGUUUCCCAGGAUUCAACGGCCCGCCCGGCGCUCUAGGAAGUCAGGGGCUCGUAGGGAAUCCUGGUUUCCCUGGUCAGCCGGGAUACAUCGGACCAAAGGGAGACCAGGGAGACCCGGGACCACCAGGACCGCCCACCUAUGUUAAUGAGCUUGGCACCUCUGUCCAAGGACAACAAGGUGAUCCAGGUCUCAGUGGUCUUCCUGGGACACCAGGAGACCAGGGGUAUCCCGGUCUACCAGGACCUCCAGGUGUACCAGGAUCGGUUUUGGAUCCCUCAGGUCGUGGUGGUUCUCCAGGGCUUCCUGGACUUCCAGGUCCAAAGGGAGAGAAGGGAAACCAGGGAGGAACAUCAUAUGGUGCUGAAGGAUCUCCUGGAUCCCCUGGACUGCCUGGACCCAUCGGACCUCCUGGACUGCCAGGACCUUCAAGCACGAGUGAACCCUGCGUCAUCAUCCCUGCCUUGCCCAAAGGCAGCAUCACUAGCUCUUCCGGAGAACCUGGUUUACCAGGACCUAGAGGACCACCAGGAAACAAAGGAUACAAUGGUUACAGAGGGGACCCUGGUGACUGUGCCUGCCUGGGGGGUGGAGUCUCAGGACAGACUGGUAUAGUCGGACCCCCUGGAGUUGACGGGAAUCCUGGUUAUCCAGGAUCGAAGGGAGAGCGUGGUGAUACAGGGACCCCGGGAUUCAACGGCCCCCAGGGUCCAGCGGGUCGUCAUGGUAACCCAGGUGCGUUUGGACGUAAAGGAGAGAAGGGGGCUCCAUACUACCCCCACCUGGGUCUGACAGUGAAGGGCGAGCGUGGAAAUCCAGGACUCAGGGGACCCAACGGUGAAACAGGAAAACCAGGCAGAGAUGGACUUCCUGGAUUCCCAGGAUCCCCCGGGGCUCCAGGUGAUGCUGGAUAUGGCACACAGGGAGAGAAGGGAUUCCCAGGGUUUCCGGGUCCUAAGGGUCGUUCUGGUGGUCCUGGCGAGCCUGGACCUGGUUACAGUGGAACCCCAGGUUUCCGUGGAGAACCAGGAGAGCCUGGUAUUCCUGGAUUACCAGGAACGCCGGGUUUGCCGGGUCCCAAAGGUGAAAACAGCUGUGCAGGGCUUAAUGACGGCGCAGAGGGAACGGGCCAAGUGCUACCGUGCAUCAUCCCGGGUGAGAUUGGAGACCCUGGCUUCCCUGGAAUACCUGGAAGACCAGGACCCAAAGGUCGUCCAGGUGUUCCUGGAGAUUCAGGAGGUCCAGGAUAUGACGGAGCCAAGGGAGAGAGAGGAGAACCUGGAUUUGGAGGUCAACCAGGACCACAAGGUUUUCCUGGACCCAGAGGAGAUCCUGGAGUUCCAGGUAUCCCAGGACAGGGCUAUGAUGGAGGCAGAGGUAAGGAUGGUAUCCCUGGACGUCCUGGAGCUAAAGGCCAACCUGGAGAGGUACUGGGAGCGACACCCGGCUCCCCAGGAGGCAACGGCUUUCCUGGAAUUCAGGGAGACAAAGGACAGCCUGGAACACCAGGAGGACCUGGAUCACCUGGUUUUGACGGGCGCUCAGGUGUUCCUGGGUUAAAAGGAGAGCGGGGAGUUGAUGGACUUCCUGGUUUUCCUGGACUUCCUGGACUUCCGGGUGACCCAAAUGGGGGUAUCCCUGGUCAGCCUGGAGCUCCUGGAGCAAAGGGACGGAGCGGAUCGUCAGGCUGUCCAGGCUCUCCCGGACAAAAAGGUAAAAGAGGAGAUCCAGGAUUCCCAGGACCUGCCGGCAUGAAGGGAACCCCUGGACUGCCAGGAACUCCUGGAUCCCAUGGACAAAGGGGUCCCCCUGGGCGUCCAGGACCAGGAACAAGAGAUGGAAUACCAGGAAUACCAGGAAUCAAGGGUGAGAGAGGUUUCCCAGGUCUAACGGGAUUCCCCGGAAUCUCGGGCCGACCUGGCAGUCCAGGCUUUCCAGGAGGAAAAGGACUUCCUGGUGAACCUGGAAGGGGUGGAUAUUCUGGUGGACCUGGAUAUCCUGGACAGAAAGGCGACAGAGGAGUUCCUGGACCUCCAGGUUCAUCUCCAAGUGUUCCUCACUCAAUCUUGGGAGAUAAGGGAGAAUCAGGAAUCCCUGGAGGCAGUGGCCUUCCAGGCUUUCCAGGUCCUCGAGGGGACAAAGGUCUACCAGGUCUCCCUGGUCACCCAGGUCUACCUGGACUUCCUGGUUUAGCAGAGCAGAGCAAAGGACAGAGGGGAGAUCCUGGAAUUCCAGGACAGCCAGGAGCUCCAGGCUACCCUGGACCUAAGGGAGAAGCUGGAAUUAUGGGAUUCCCUGGCAUGUCAGGCGCACGGGGUAAUGACGGCACACCUGGUUUUCCUGGUAAUCCUGGAGAGCCUGGAAGACCUGGUGGGAAAGGUUUACCUGGAGACUCUUAUGGUUAUCCCGGUGGUCCUGGUGCUAAAGGUCUCCAGGGAGAUUCCGGUAUUCCAGGUGGUCGAGGUUACGAUGGUGGCCCUGGAGACAAUGGCUAUUCAGGAAGUCCGGGACUUCGUGGCACAAAAGGAACACCUGGUGAACCUGGAAGACCUGGAAUAACAGGUUCCUCUGGUUUCCCUGGACCAAAGGGACAGAAUGGAUACCCAGGUAGAAGAGGAGCAGAUGGGUCUCCUGGUGUACCAGGUGGUCCUGGAGGAUCUGGAGCUAAAGGUUUGCCUGGAUCUCCUGGUUUGGAUGGGCUCAAUGGUCUUGCUGGACCUAAAGGUCUCCCUGGAACUCCAGGUGGGAGUCUUGGAGGUCGUCCAGGUGCCAAUGGUAUUCCUGGGCUGAAGGGAGAGAGGGGAUACUCCUACCCAGGAAUACCUGGAAUCCCCGGAGGCAAGGGAGAGCCGGGAGACCAAGGUGGUCCUGGACUUCCAGGAUUCCCUGGUAGGCCUGGACCUCCUGGUGAGUCUGUGGGGUCCAAUAUUCCUGGACCUACAGGAAAUCCUGGUCUUCCUGGAUUGGACGGAGAAUAUGGUUUUCGUGGUCCACCAGGACCACCAGGACCACCUGGUCCAGGUACAGCACAGGGAGACAGAGGUGAUCCUGGGCUUCCAGGCUUCCCUGGAGCUCCUGGUAGGAAAGGUGAAUCGGGACUCCCUGGAGGUCCGGGGUCUUCUGGUCUUUUUGGUAGCAAAGGAGAACGUGGUGAGCCUGGUUACAGUGGUGGUCCGGGUCAGAAAGGUUUCUCUGGUGAUCAAGGUUACUAUGGAAACAAAGGACCCAAGGGUUUGCGAGGUCCUCCUGGUCGUAAAGGUCUUCCCGGAGUCUUGGUGCCGGGUGAUCGUUUAACAAGACCACAUUUCGGAGAUGUGGGUUUUCCUGGUGCUCUUGGACGACCUGGUUCUCCAGGUGAACCAGGCCAAUCUGGAACACCUGGACAGCCAGGUCCUAAAGGUCGCUUUGGUUCUGUGGGUAAACUGGGUCGUAGUGGACCUCCUGGUCCUGGUGGGUUUAUUGGUGAUGCUGGACCGCCUGGUUUUCCUGGACCCCCUGGAGAACAAGGACUUCCCGGUGCAUCUGGUCGUCCUGGUAUUCCCGGUGGUGUUGGUCGCAGCUCCAGCGUCGGCUACACUCUGGUGAAGCACAGCCAGAAUUCCCAGAUUCCCAUGUGCCCACAAGGCAUGGCCAAGUUGUGGGACGGAUUCAGUCUGCUGUAUGUGGAGGGACAGGAGAAGGCUCACAACCAGGAUCUGGGUCAACCCGGAUCCUGCCUCCCCCGCUUCAGUACCGUCCCCUUCCUCUACUGCUCGCCCAACAACAUCUGCUACUACGCCAGUCGCAAUGACAAAUCCUACUGGCUCUCCACCACCGCUCCCAUUCCCAUGAUGCCUGUGGCCGAUGACCAAAUCCGACCCUACAUCAGCAGGUGUUCUGUUUGUGAGGCUCCAUCUCACGCUGUUGCCGUCCACAGUCAGGACACCAACAUUCCCACCUGUCCACCAGGAUGGAGGAGCCUCUGGAUCGGAUACUCCUUCUUGAUGCACACAGCAGCGGGGUCGGAGGGCGGAGGUCAAUCCCUGGUCUCUCCCGGAUCCUGUCUGGAAGAUUUCCGUGCCACGCCAUUCAUCGAGUGCAACGGCGCCAAGGGCACCUGCCACUACUUCGCCAACAAGUACAGCUUCUGGCUGACCACCGUGGAUCCCGCUCAGGAGUUCCUGUACUCGCCGAUACAGGAGACACUGAAGGGAGGCCAGGAGAGAUUCAAAGUCAGCCGCUGCCAGGUCUGCAGCAAGCUCUUGUAGGAGGAAAGAUCAGGAAACACUUGAUGGAGAGAGAACACACCGAGAGAUGGAACGUGAACCACAGACUCUCGCUUCACUCCACACCCUCAAAGUUUAUCUUCUACUUUUUAUCCCAGUUUUAGGAAUGAAUUUCUGAUUGAGUAGAGGAGUUGGGCAGAGAAGGAGACCCGCUCCUCUCUAGAUUAUCACUGACAAUGGUGCUAUUGUUGUUGUUUUUGUUUUCUGUCUUCUCUUCACUCUGAUUACUGGUCUUUUAUUUAGUGAAAUUCAUUCUCGGCUACCUCUGUGAGAGAAAUGAGUGUGGGGGAGGAGGGAGAGGAGAGAGGGAAGGCUUCAAUCAGAUCCUAGAUCCAGAUAAUUCAGCUGGCUCAGAUCUGGAUAAAGGGAUAGUUUAGGAUUUUUUUUUAAACAAGGCUAGAGUAAAUGUCUCCACAUACUAUAGAGGAAUGUCAAACAUCUGACUGUGCUGGACAGUCGUUGUGUCAACCUUACAGGUGAGACAGUCAAAGAAAUCCACUUUAGACCAACAGGUAACUGUUUCAUUCAGACCACUAACUCUCAGUGAUUUAGCUCACAGAGAUACAACAGUUGUUGAUCCAUUGCUUCUUCCAUCACUCCAGGUCAAAUGCGUUGUUUUGUGACUUUGUUUAGAUUUACCUCAGUGACGCAGACUGACAACAGGAGGCAGCAGUGGACCAGCUGCUCCUGUGUCUCUGUGGACCUUGGUCUGAUAAGCACGAUUGGGCUACAGACCUCGGUUUCCAGGAUUCUUCCAUCAGUGACGUUCCUUUGUGUCAUUUUGUGAUAUCAGUGUUGUUGUUUUUUUAUUUACAAUAAUGACACAGUGGACACUGAUGGAUGCAGCAGAGAGUUAUGUUGAGACCUGGGACCACAAAGGUCACUGACCUGUACAGUCACAUGGUAAAAAAUCCUGUACUAUCUCUUUAAUGUCCCACAUAUUCAAACAAUAUUCAACCAGUGUGUAUAGUUUAGUUGUCAGGAGGGCAAGUUAUGAACCAGGGGUUAAAAUUCACUCAUGCAGCAGAUGUUUAUAGUACACAAUAUAUAACAAACAAUUUCAACAAACGAAGGCCUGCAACCAAUGUUGUUAAAAAUUGCACUGACGUGACCUGUCACGAUCCGGACACACAAACAAACGGAGUAAUUCAGACAAACAACCACCAGAGGGCAGAGUUGUUUUUGUUUGUUUUUAACCAACGUUAAAAUUAAAGUUAAACCCUCACCCCUCAUCCAUAUAAAAAACAGGAAAUACACACACACAAACAAACGCACGCCCAUGGUUGCUGUACAAAUAGCUUCCUGCGUUAACGCUAACAUAAAAAGGCCGUUAUGCUAUUGUUUCUGUUUUUUCUUUUUCUUUUCUCCUUUCAGUCCAAGCGUCUCUUCACUGUCAUUGGAUUGAAGUACAAAAAAUGGUGAUUUCCUAAGUCUGAGAAGUCACUUGGUGUUUUUGGAUUUGUUGGUGGUUAGGUAGUUGGAGCUCAAAAGUCAGAGUUGAGAAAUAAUUGGUUUUCAUUAUUGAGCCUAAAAAGUCACUAAAUCAAGUCAGAUUUUCUAAGUACUCAUUUGUGUUUUCUUUUCUUCUAGUUAGAUCAUUUAAACUUUAGUUUAACAAUUCCUCAACAACAAGUCAUUUUAGGCAAUUAUUUUACACGUUUUUGCUUCUAAGUCAGACAUUUUUGCCGAGAAGUUUUUCUUUUUCUUCUCAGCAUAUCGUCACAUUUUAAGUAACUUCAAACCUUGGGUUCAUGUUUCAUCAUUUUUCAUCCUUGGAUGGUGAAAGACCUUCGGACGAAUUGUAACCACUAUGCCUUCUGCUGGUAGCCCUGAUUGUAACGUAAAACUUUUGUGGGGUUUUUUUUCUCUUGUUCCACACAUGAUUUUGUCUGCGUUUCUUGUUUUGUUUUUUUUUUUGUUUUUUUUUUUUGUUUUUUUUUUGUAAUCUAGAUUGUAAUUAUUUUUACUUCAGUCAUGAAUAAUAUCCCGUGGUUUUAUUUACUGAAAUGGGAGAGGACUGGGGAAACUAUGAUUGUGUACAUUAAAAUAUAAUAAAAAUGGCUAUGAUGUUUUAUAUGGAAAAAUAUAUUCACAGCUGAUGGUUGUAUUUUUGUUGUUUGUUCACAAUUUAAACCUGUUAUUAAAGUGCCUACAGGGACAGAGAAAAUGCAGUUUUUCCUCAAAGAGGACUUUAAAGACAAAAUGACAUAAAAACACCAAUGUUGCAGAAAUAUGUAUUUUGUGCUCACACACUCGGAAAUAAAAUUUGAGAAGUAACAA